AUGCCACCUCGCCGUGGCAAACUCAAAAAGAAGGAAAGUAAGCGUGGCAAAGUUAAGACAGAGGCAAGAGAAGCCAAUAUCCAAGAUACUGACAGUACGUUGGUCUUGCGUGCAAAAGUGACGAGACUUGCAACGGAUCCUUCAGACAGCGAUGACGCAUCGCACAAUUUACCACAAGGAGUCGAUGUUGAUUUGAUUAAGCGCCUAUCAAAGAUUCUUGAUAUAGCUAAACAGCCAGACACAAGCGAAGAUGAAGUAAAGCAAGCUCUCCAAUUCAUAGGAAAAAUGUUGUCUUGCGCUCAUUCUAGAGAUAAUGAAGCUAUGUCGCUUGAAUCUGCUGAAUGUCAACUUCAAAAGGCAGGUCAUAGUGAGGUGGCGAUUCAUUAUAAAGAUUCUUACGGCGGCCUCAUAGAUCAAUGGGUCAACGAAAUGGCAUGGGCAAAUAUGAUUGCAUUCAAUGUGAAGGCUUAUCAUAAUAAGUGUCAGAAGAAUACGGAGCACGUAUUCUACGGAUUGCGAGCUAAUGCGGCUGCCGCUGCUCUAUCGUUCGAAGCUAUCAUCAACCUUGCGCUCACAUGGGCGACGAGUCAUACGAAGCAGAACUGCUAUUUGCUUGGAUUAAGCUCAUCCAUACUUGAGAUGGCUACAGAAGGCGAAAAGCUAGAGGAAGCCCAGACUCUUGAGGCUGAGAAGAGUCUCAUUGAAAGAACGCACAGUAAAAACAUAAAGGCGAAGAAAGAGCAAAAUCGAAACCUGGAACCAGGUAGAAAACAUACAAAGUCUGGCAUUAUUACAGAUGAAGAGGAAGAUGAUGUCACCUUUGUGAGUAUCAAGCAAAUUUCUAAACAGUCUGGAGAGCAUAAAAAGGUAAAAGGAGAAAUGAAAACGGAAUAUGCUGAUGAAGGAUUUGGUGUCAUCAAGCAAGAACAGGAAGACGAUGAGAAUAGUGUAGUCAGUGAAAGGCAAAUUAAAUUUCAACGGAAGCUUGAGGAAGAAGCUGAGACCUCCGGAUGGCAAAAUCAUGCCAAAUUAAUGUCUUACAGACGGAUGGCUGAACGCAUAGCAGAAGAAUACUGUGUAAAAGAAUUGAAGAUUACGAAGUGGACCGACCACUCAUCCUAUCGAGGAAAAGUUCGUGACUUCUCAGCUUACAAGAAAGGACAAGAGGAUGCUCAUAAGAUGGACCUCAAACGUCGUAGACUCGGAGCAGAUUGA